CUCGACCGUCAAAACGAAAACAAUUUAGGAACAGAAGUGCGAGCAGUUGUCCGCUGUCAGUAUGUGAAAAUACACAGACACCUACAACUCUUGAACUUUUGUUUCUGUGUUGCUUUGCACUUUUAUUUCCCCGUUCCUGUUUGAAAGCUGUUGGAGGGUCUGCUAUCCGGGCUCACGGAAGCGGACGCGCACUUUUCUUCAACCUGACUCGUUCUGCCUGACCUUCAGAGCGGCAACUAGACAUGUAGCGAGCUGCGUAAACACGGUGUACACCUCUUCGUGAACUCUUUUCCUCUAAAACAGAUACCUCUACCUCUCGGGCUGGACUGUGGUGCAUUAACGUCGGGUCGCCCUCCCCUGCCGCCUCGGCCCCCAGCGAUGGCCUCACGCAUCGGGCUGCGAAUGCAGCUGAUGCGAGACCAGCUGCAGCAGGAGGAGCAGCGUGAGCGGCAGCAGCAGCAGAAUGCGGCGAUGCAAUACAUGCAGCAACACAUGGCUGGACCACCUGCACCUACUCCAGCUAUCAGCACCCCACAGCAGUACCAAAGCAUGCAAGUUCCUGUGGAGGUUCUGAAGGUGCAAACCCACCUUGAAAAUCCAACAGACUAUCACAUCCGUCAGUCACGGAGACAACAAGUGAAAGAAUAUCUCUCAACCACCUAUGCUAACAAACAGACGGUUCAUGCAGUGGCAGGGAUUAUGCCACCAUCUCCUCCCACAAACAUGGGACCUUCGGGGGGUUCGGCAUCUGCACCUCCACCGCUCCACUCCCCACACAUGCGUAAGGAGCAGUUCAUGCCUGGCAACAGCGCCCCCAACAGCCCCAUGGCCAUGCUCAACAUUGGCUCUAGCCACGAGAAGGAGAUGGAGGAGGUUAUUGAUGACAUUAUAAGUAUGCAGUCCAGUUACGACGACGUUCAAGGAUACAUGGACCCUGUUCAUAUGCCAAACACACUCCCGCUUUCCAGCAGCCACCUGGACGUCUACACAGGCCCUGGGAUGAAGGCGCCGACUAUCGGAAUGACAAGCAACUCCUGUCCCGCCAACCUGACCAUCAAGCGAGAACUGACGGACACAGAAGCCCGUGCGCUGGCCAAGGAGAGACAGAAGAAAGAUAACCACAAUCUAAUUGAAAGGAGGAGAAGAUUCAACAUUAAUGAUCGAAUCAAAGAGCUGGGCACCAUGAUUCCCAAAACCAAUGACCUCGAUGUACGUUGGAACAAAGGUACUAUAUUGCGCGCAUCUGUAGAUUAUAUCAAACGCAUGCAGAAAGAUGUUCAGAGAUCCAGAGAAGUGGAAAAUAACUUCAAAAGGAUGGAGGUGGCCAACAAACAUCUUUUGCUACGUAUUCAGGAGCUGGAGAUGCAGGCUCAAAUACAUGGCCUGCCAGGCACCUCCCCAUCUGCCCUAAACCAGAGUGAAAUGAUGCCUCCUUACAUAAAACAAGAGACCAGCCCAGAGCAGAACUUUUCUCAUGCCCAGGCACAAGCCCUCCACCAGUCCCAGCACAUACCCCACAACCAAGCUCAGCCCCAGCAGCACCACUUCCUCCCCCAAACCCACCUCCAUCCUCAGAGCCAGCUCCAGCCUCAGGUCCAGCAGCUGCCACCGCUCUCACAGCAUCUCCCACCCCAACAGCCCAUCCAGUUCCCAGCCGUGGGCAGCUCCCAGCCCUUUGACUUUGCCCAGUCACUGGACCUGUGCGAUGGGAUACAGGGAUUCUCAGACGGCAUGUCGGGGCUGGGUGACCUAGGCGGACUGGACGUCCAAGGGAGGAGAGGCGAGCUGGGCUUCUUGAUGAUGGACGAGCCUUUGUCCCCUAUGGGUGGAGACCCGCUGCUGUCUGCCAUGUCCCCCGAGGCGUCUGUCGACUCUAGCCGCAGAUCCAGCUUUAGCAUAGAGGAUGGAGACAUCAUGUAGAAAUGUAGCGCGGUUGCAGUAAAACUGUAAACAGCAUCAAACAAAAUAAGAAAACCCCAAAAAUAUACACAAUACACAAAAAAGAAUCAAUCAAUAUUUACCAGGUCCCAACAUCACACACACGUUGUGGUACAGUUAGCUCUCUUUAACGGUACAGUCCAAACCAGAGGGUACACCAGUCUCACAGAAGUUGUUAGUCAGAGCCGGCCCAAGACAAAAACAAACUAAGCUGCUGCUUGGGGCCUCCAGGCCAGCAAGAGGUACCCAGAAGUAUUUGGAUUCUUAAACAGAAUAUUGUUCUCAAAUCCUCAAAAUGUUCUUGACUCGUUUAGAAAGUCAAGAAACUUGACAUGUGCACUAUUUGUUAUAAUUUAUUCAUAGUUGCAUCAUUAUGUUAUUGAUCACAAUUUAAUGUCAGUAGUUAAAUGUUGCUAGCUGCUGUUUGUGUUUGUGCUAGAGUCACGUUUUAAGGACAAUAUUAACUAUUUAAUACAUAAAUUACAAUUAUGCCUCUUUAGUCAUCAAGAGCCAAAAGUGCCACAAUUCAAUACAUCAGUAAGUUGCACAAUAACGUUAUAUAAUAGAUCACUUAAGUAAAACAAAAGAAAUCACAUGAAUUAAUUAAAUAUCAAAUAAUUUAGAAACAAUGGUAGUUUUAAGUUUGUAUAAAUUUUACAUCAAAGGCAUAUAUAAUGGAAGUAUUUAUUUUAUUCCAUUGUACUAUGAGGCAGCAUAUGGAAAUUAUUUUUAUCCGUUACCUUAACAACACUGGUGUCCAAGAUUUUACUUAACUCAUUUGCCUCCGUUGGAACUAUUUGAUGUGAACUGUAGUGGGGUCCAAAUCAGAUUCUAUGUAGGGCCAAAGACUACAUUGGGCCGGCUCUGUUUAGAGUAAACAUUUUGCACACGCACUCAAGUGCCUGCAAGUUGAUCUGUACAGCCUGAAGCUUUACCUACCAGGCUGAGCAUUUCCAGUAUUGAACCAACACACAGAUCUCUUGUGCAGCACAUUUAGCCUCAUUUCCAGCAGGGUGACUCUGAAUCCUAUCUGAGCAGAGGACAACACCAGUAGUUAAUUAGAUUGAUGGCAUUGGAUGCGAGAGCAAGUGGGGGCAUUGUCUCACGUGAACAUUAUUUGCCCCCCCCCCAUUGCCUCCCGCACACCUCUUUUAAUAACCGUAAACGAUUCGGUGUAUGAUAGUUAAUAAAAUGGAAAUAGCUUUAUGGUCCUGCAUACAUAAUUCAUCCUGAAGGGGAAGCGGUCUUCUGACAUAGCUGCUCUCCUCACUUUGCUUUUCCACAUUUUGCUUUGGCCACACAUGUCAGGUGUUGAUAAAGAGCUGAGUUGGCCUGAUAAAUUGGAGGGAUCUCUGGAGGAGUUCACAUCUUAUGAUUCAGUUAAAAAAAUUACUCAGUGGGUGGGUGGAAGAAGUCUUCAAUAAACUCUUGGUCCUGCAUGCUUUCAGCACAGCUUGCUAAAGUGAGUGGCUACCAUUAGUACGUUUACUUGCUGUUUUGAUUUGACUUGAAACAUAUCCUAAUGCGGUUUCAGUUAAUGGUGUACAGAUGAAACUUACAGCUUCAUAAAACAUAAAAUUUUAUACGCAGUGAUUCAGAUCCUUUCUUUUUUUUUUUUUAACUGACUGCACAUCUUGCUGGAGGUGCAAAUGCCAUAAUCACAGACAGACAGUGUAACAAUGACCAUUAUUGGGAGCAAAGUCCAGUCAAGGACUUCAGUACUGAUCAAAUACCUUGAUGGGAAACCUGAUCCAAUUCUUGGGAUAGGAUUCAGACAUCCCCAGUUAGGACCUUCACUCAGACACUGUCAAGUUAUGUGGAGUGAAGUAAUACAUUUUUUUGGAUAAUCUGAAAGAUUUAACAUUAACUUAUGAGAAAUUUGUCAAAAAUACUCAGGUAUUGUAGCAGAAUGCAGAAUGCAAAAAAAAAACAGCAUUUGUUUUGAUCACUCAGUUGUGUCAGAGCCAUGAUCCACACCCUUGUGUGCCUUUUCAUUUACUCUUCUGUCUCUUUUUACAGCAUGUUUUUAUACAUUUUGGGCCAUGCGCAGCUAAGAUUUUAUAAUCGCAUUCAGCCAUGCCUUUCUUCUGUCUGCUUCAGCUAAACUAUGCAGUUUGCAGGGGAUAAACAUAAUUUUAUGUAUGGAGUUUAAAGGGUUUGUGACUGAGGUCAACAAGAAAGGCAGGUAAAGUUAGGUUUUAAUGAAGAAGGAAUGUGAAAGUUUGGUCGUGCAUUUGUAAGUUUUGUAAGCACAGAAUCAGAACAUAUGCACACAAACACACUCUUUACAGAAACGUGUAAGGACUAUAAUGCGGUAUAGUCUUUACAUGUUCAUACAGACACGGACGGCUGCAGAGGCGAACCUGACGCCACCCUGAGCUGAUCCAUCGCUCCAGCCGUCAUGUUAACGGUUGAAGCAGGUUGAGUCUGUUGUGUCUCUGCUUGCGUUUGACUUUUAUUUGUUGUCGCUUUUGAUCAGACCAGGUUAAGUUAGACAAAACACAAAAUAAAAAAAAAGGAACAUUGUUAAUGAUUUUUUUUUUUUUAUGUUGACCUGUGUUCUUUAUUUUAGAGUUUGUCAUUUAUUUUAUCUGUUGAAGCACUGGAAUCUCUACUAUUGUUUAGACUUUGUAAAAAAUAAUUUCAGAUGUCGUAUACCACUAUGCCACUUAAAUGUAUUUUAUUUGUAUUUGUUGUUUUAGUUCUAUUUCAAUUUUAUUCCAAGUACCUGCUCUUCCCAGAGCCAGUUUGGGAAACUACAUCAUCAAGUGUUCCACAAAAAAAAAGUAAACGGUUUAUAAACUUCUGAAUUUCAAAUAAUUUUAAAGAUGAUAAGAUUAUGUACAUUUGGGACAUGAUUUUUUUUUUAUAUGAUUCAAAUUAUUUGUUUCGGUCUGCUAUAACUUUUACUUUUGGCAGAUAGAGAUUAAACAUGAUUCUGUGAUUUGACUGAAAUCUAAUGACUUAUUUAAUGAAUGUAAAGUUUUGGGUGGUUCUGGUUGAACUGAAAAAAAAAAAACAAAAAAACACACAUCUGUGACUCCAUGAAAUCCCAGAGGCCAGUGUCUUUGUGUCUCUCUGGCUCUUUAUCACUGAUUAUGUAUCCACUGUUGUCCAGAAAAGGACUUUUUUUUUAUUCUACACUUAUGUUGCACAGUCACCCAGACCACACUCCAAAGAGCUGAUGGGCCUCAUUUGUUAUUUGAUUUAAAUUGUUCUGCAGAGAAAUGUGGUUCUACUAAAAAUAUAAAAUGUUUUUCCAGAA